AAAUACUUCUGGAUACAACUGGAGAGACCUCAGAGAUUGGCUGGACUACCCACCCUUCUGAUGGGUGGGAUGAGGUAAGUGUCCUGGAUGACAAGAAGCGCCUGAUCCGAACCUUUCAAGUCUGUAAUGUGGCUGAACCAGGUCAGAAUAACUGGUUGCGUACCCACUUCAUAGAGCGACGCGGAGCGCAUCGAGUCCAUGUCCGCCUCCGUUUCUCAGUGAGAGACUGUGCCAGCAUGCGUACUGUGGCCUCUUCUUGCAAGGAGACUUUCACACUCUACUACCACCAGUCAGAGGCAGACACAGCCUCUCAGGAACUGCCAGAGUGGCGCGAGGGGCCCUGGACUAAAGUGGAUACUAUUGCAGCUGAUGAAAGCUUUUCCCAGGUGGACAGCACUGGUAAAGUGGUAAAGAUGAAUGUUAAAGUACGGAGCUUUGGGCCACUCACCAAGCAUGGCUUCUACUUGGCCUUUCAGGACUCAGGAGCCUGCAUGUCCCUGGUGGCAGUCCAGGUUUUUUUCUACAAGUGCCCGGCUGUGGUGAAAGGAUUUGCGUCCUUCCCUGAAACUUUUGCUGGAGGGGAGAGGACCUCACUCGUGGAGUCACCAGGGAUGUGUGUACCAAAUGCUGAAGAGACAAGCAUGACUGGGUUUUCAGGUGUUCGGUUGCAUUGCAAUGGAGAAGGGGAGUGGAUGGUGGCCAUUGGACGAUGUGCCUGCAAGGCUGGCUACCAGCCUGGUGAUGAUGAACGAAUCUGCCAAG